AAUUAAUCUAUCUUGUAUGGAGAAGUCAGCCUCAGAAACGUCACAAAGGGAACAAAGGUGGUUGAGCUGCUUUUCAAUCGCUAGCUCUUAGUCUCCCUCUUGCAAGGCUUAGGCAAAGCACGCAAUGAUACCUGGGGUAUCAGAGAAAUAUGGCCGAAGGAAAUAUUACAGGUUCGAACGCAGCUGCUGAGCCGCCGGGUAUGAGGGCUGUUAUGAUCGGUUCUACUGGAGCUAUCGGAGAACAUUUGCUGGGAGAACUUUUAAGCUCUAAGGUUCGCCUCUGCGAGAAUAAUCCCUUUCAAACGAUUAUAUCGUGAUAUUUUCAGUAGUUAUUUCACAACUAUUUGAUCAUGUCGUGACUCAUUUAUGUAAUAAAUGAACAAUAAUUUAUUUUUAGUAACCUUACACUGUGUAUGUUCAAAAGUUUAAAAAUACCGUCAUUGUUAUUUUUUUUUUACCAUUUUUCUUUUGCUAUAAUGCAAUCUUUGAGCUCUCAGUGCAUGAAAAUAUUUAUUUUAUUUUAUUUUUAUUUUCGAAUAUUUAGAAGUCUAAUCGUUGGUAAUCUCAAUCUUUGAAUAAGUCGAUUUAAUUUCAGAGUGUAUUUGGAAUGCUUUAAAAUCACGGAAGGUAAAUGAUAAGCUGAAUAUUUCUUGUCAUUUCUUUGUUUGCCUUUUUUGUUGUUGAAUGCAUUAGUACAACAGUCAAAGUAAUUUAAAAAUACUAUUGAUUAAAGAUUGAUUUUAAUUUGUAAACUCGGCAGGCUAUCAUUGAAAAGUUUAUUUUAAAUAAGUAUGGGAGAGUUUGAUUUGAUUUUAUAACCUUUUAAAAGAGUUGGCAACAACAUGUACAUGUACUGAUAAUCAUGUGAUAAAUUAAAAACCAUGUAUAUUGUGUGUUUUAAAAAUUGCUUGAUUAUAAACCAUUCCAGAAUAUAUCCAAAGUUGUUUCUUUGGGUCGGAGAAAUGCCACAGUCCCUGCAGAAUAUUCUGUGGAUCAAAAAGCUGAAGAGGAAUCUGGAAGACUGGAGCAACAUGUCAUAGGUAAAAUAUAUUCUAAAAUCACAUAUUUUAAUAUUUUUCAUGUUAGAAAUUCAAGCACUGUUGUUAUUGAGUGGUUCCCAAAGUUGCAAUUUUUUAUAUCGUAUGCCAACCUGAAACAAAUUAUCAAUCUCUAACUUCAGACUUUGAGAAAUUAAGCACUGAAACAGUUGGUGAACAUUUUAAGGACAAAGAUGUCUUCUUUUGUACUCUGGGCACAACUCGACGAGCUGCAGGAUCUGCUGUAAGUAUUCUGGGUUAUGGUCUCAGAUCUAGUGGAUGAAAUAUACUGGUACCUCUUUCUAACUAAGUUCAAGUUUGUAUUGUAAGUUACAGACCAAGUUUUUUCUGCUCUGAUUUUAUGGCCCAUCCAUGAAGGGCAUAGACCUUUAAUUCCUGCAGAAAAAAACAACAUAGCAUAAUUUAUGGUAUGGAUCAAGAAAAUGAGGUUAGUACGAUAUUUAUUAUAUCUCUGGGGCCAUUCUGGGGAAUUUAGGGACCAUAAAGUGAAUUGGCUAUGACCAAUUACUAUGCACGUACAAACUCAGAGAUAUAAUAAGUGCAUUUGACAGAGUGUAAAAUCAAUAUGAACCUGUCGUUGAAUAGAGAGAAAUUUCAGAAAAAUUUUCAAACUAUGACCAACCUGUAGGUUGGAGAGAUUAAUCUGUGUCACAUGCAGGAACAGUCCUAUUCUACAGAUUAUGUUGGUUGGAAGUUCCCAAUCAUUCUUCCGGUCAGUUUUCUUAAUGAAGUAACUUAAAUCAUUUAAUUCAUAGAAAGGUUUCUUUUUCUUUAUUUGUACUUAUAGGCUGCGUUUAAACAUGUGGACUUUGACUAUGUGGUUAACUGUGCAAAAAUUGCUAAAGAGGCAGAUGUCCCUCAGGUGUCCUUAGUAUCUUCUCAAGGUGCAUCAGCUUCAAGUUCUUUCCUCUACCUGAAAACAAAAGGCCAGGUAUGUUUUUGAUAACUGUUGUCUUCUCCUGAGAUAUUCACUUCUUCACCUCACUCUGUCAUGCAUACAAAAAUAAAUCAGAAGAGAACCUGAAUUGACACCACCCAAGCACUACAAACUUCCUUUGUUAAUCUGUGCAAUAACAGUAACAUUUGGGCCGGAGUGAUAACUGUUUUUUGAAACUGUUUUCAGGUGGAGAAUGCAUUGAAGGACAUGCAGUUUCCAAGCACAAGCAUUUUUAGACCUGGUUUUCUUGACCGAGGGAGCAAACAGAGAUUUGUAGAGAAGAUGGCAAGUAAGUGAGCAGGUUAUAUUCAACUUGGGUUACUUUCAUCUGCACUACCCCUUAACCAUGGAGAAUGAAGGAAAUGAUCACCAACUAAAGAAGCUCUUGAUUGUUGGUUAAAUUCUCCUUGUAAGCAAUUUAAGAAAUGUAUGGAAAACAGUAUGAAGAAUAUGCAUUCUAAUGUUAGGGUGUAAAGAGUUAAAUGAGUGCUGCUUCACUGUGAACAAUACCUGAUGAAACUGUGUGGGUAACCUGACAGGCAAUACACUGAGGCAUUCCAUGCAAGGAGUAGCAAUACUCUUCAUCAUCAUUGUCAUUUUUGUGUCCAUUCCUAAUGGGGAGAAUGGGGCCACAGGAUUACUCUUAGUCACCUCAAUCCACAAAGGCUAGAUGCCCUGCAGCUUCAUAGGUCUCUUGGCUCAUCAGCCUACUAAGGCCUUGUUCUCGUGUUUUUUGUCCUUUGUACUCUUUGUCCUUUGCACUCUUUGUCCUUUGUACUCCUAACCCUUUAACUCUCAGAAUUGAUUAACAUUUAACUUCUCCCAUUAAUAUCCACACAUUAUCCAGCAAACAGGUAAUGAGAUUUAAUCAAACUUAUCAGGCAGAAGUUGUUACCUUAAUCUAAUCUUAUUGCUCACAUCUGAUUUACAAGAAAUGUGUAGCAGUUAAAAAGGAGAGUUCAUCAUCAGAUUUUGGGAGUAAUAGGGUUAGAGAAUUUGACCCUAAUUUCAUCUCUUAUCCCAACAAUGAUUUUUGUCUUCUGUUAUUAGAACUGGUGAUGACAUCCAUACCUGUGGCAACAGUUGCCAAAGCAAUGGUAACAGAUGCAGAGAACUAUAUGAAAAGCAAAGAGAGUGGUGGUGAUCUGCAAAGCACACCUUCAUCUGUCACUUACGAAAAUGCAGAAAUAUUAGCCCUUUUGUCAGCAAAUUGAAGGGACCUUCAAAAGUAAUUUCAAUUCUUAAGUAAUUCAAGAAUUUACUGCUGCACAGCUUUUACUUUCAAUAACAAUUGUCUUGUAAACAAUGAAAUUAUUUGUAUAAUAACAUUUUGUCAGGUCAGAGAUAUUGGCAUCUAAUUUCUCAAUACAGUAUCAACCCUGAAUCACACAGUAAAGUCAUGAGAAUUAAGGAAACAAUCACCAACUGAAGAGGCUCUCGAUUGUUGUACUAAUGCCUUAGGAAAUGUAUAUAGAACAGCAUUAAAAAAAUAUGCACAUUGAUGUUAAAGAAUAACAGUCAGGUCCAAAAAUGAGACUUGUCAGCAUUGCAUCAGAAAACCAAAGGAUGUUUAUAGAACUUCAUUGUGAGCCUUCUUUCUGAUUAUCAGUAAAUAUAUAAGUCUGGAGAAAAAGCUUAUCUUGAGAUAGUUAAUAAUUCAACUGCAUCAACUGCAGUUGAAAACAGAUAUCAUUGUUUUCUUAUUAUUUCUAUUAUUAAAUUGAGUGUGUCUUUGACAAUAAUUUUGACACAGCAUAGAAAGACAAAAACCAACAACAACAACUAAUGGGAACACGUACAGUUUCUCAACAAACUUCAUCUUUAUUAUGUGCACUAAAAAUUAUAUAUUUACAGCAACCGUCGAGAAGAACUCUACAUUCAUAUUUAUAUUUUCUUUUCCAUACUUUCCAGAGGGAACUGAUUAAAGUGGAUAUUUCUAAAUAUUUUCAUCAGUUCUAAGUUGUAUGUGUAUUUGAAACAACUGGUACUAUGCAUAGCAACAGAUAAUAAAGAUAUACAGUAUGUUUUCAUGUCACAAAUAGCACAUGCAGGGGGGAAUGUACAGUUUAUAGUGUACACAAGAACUGCUUCAUCCAUAUAUUUUGCAAAGGUAAGUGAACUCACCAUUACUCUGCAGUUUAACACAGUUAAACUUCUACCUCAAAACAUUUUGUUCUAUAAAAAUUUAUCUGAACUGAUGCAUGAUAUCAAUCCUGCUUCAGUACCAAUAAACAGAAAAUUCCUUUCUUGACAUACAAUGGAUCAUUCCAAAGGAAAAAUUUCUGAAGUAGUUAUUGGCACCUACAGAGGUCUUUCCAUAUUUAAGUCUACACAAAGCCAUUUUCCUCUUUC